UACUGUCUCUUUAAGACAGACGUAAGCGAAGGAAACCCUGAUGGAGGAAGCAGGAAGUUCGCCUAACAAGACAAGAAGCCUCAGAUCAUAAACAACAAAGAACAGGGGGAAACAAAGCUUUUCCAACGGAAUUUUCACAGAUUUAUAGCAAUGGCCGGGAUUAAAGCGCUGGUUGGCCUUUCGUUCAGCGGUGCCAUCGGACUGACAUUUCUCCUGCUGGGCUGCGCACUGGAACAGUACGGGGUAUACUGGCCGCUUUUCGUGCUGAUUUUCUACAUCUUGAGUCCAAUCCCAACCUUCAUAUCCAGACGCCUCAGUGACGACGACUCCUCCAGCAAUGCAUGCAGGGAGCUGGCCUACUUUUUAACAACGGGCAUCGUGGUGUCGUCUUUUGGGCUCCCCAUUGUCUUAGCCCGGACUCAGACGAUCCAGUGGGGCGCCUGUGGCCUGGUGAUGACAGGAAACGCCGUCAUCUUCCUCACCAUCCUUGGCUUCUUUGUCGUCUUCGGGGGUGGGGAUGACUUCAGCUGGGAGCAGUGGUAGAGUGUUUGUAAAAGGGCGCCGACAGAUGGGCGGGUAGGUGGGUAGUGAGAUGAAGCGGCAGCAGAUCGAGGCCCACAUUUGUCUCAGAUUUAUAUUGUUUUUGGAGGGGGGGGGGGGGGGUCGUGACACUCAUGGCUAGAAAGAACAAAACCUUCAUCAAGAUGAUUUUUCUUUUAAUUGGUGGGGUGAAUUAGAUUUUGCAGACAGUACUUUGUAUGCUUAUAAAUGUGCCUUAAAUGUGCGGGACCAUGGGGACGCUGAUGCCUCUAGCCCCCUAUAUCCACCAUCUCUAUCCAUUAUAUCGUGUGGUUUCGCUUGCCUUGGUUUCAACUCCCAAAGCGCCCUCUCAUUGAAGCUAUCAUCCUUAUCACCGUGCCUCCGUUGAUCACUACCAGAAUGGGAUCCAGAAGAGUAACGUAUGAAAUUCACAGUGCAAAGCUUUCUGUACUACCUGGGCUUAUAUUUCAAUAGAGGAGUGGCUGUACUGAAAUACGGCAAGUGCUGUCUGCUUUUAGAUGCCGAAGGACUUUGGAAAGUUAAUAUAAACAAAAUUAGAAGGCAGUUUGAUGCAACAAUGAGGCAAACAUGUUGUUUGUCAUUUUACUCAAGACUUUAAUGCCUUGGUGGUUGUUGUUGUUGUUUUUUUGUCCCUGUUGCAAUUGUUUACAUGUUCACCAAAGAUCACUUCAGACUGCAAAAA